AUGCUGUUCGAUACCACAGGCCAAAAGCUGCAGGAUCCGAAUAUCUAUGGCUUCGGAGAGAACUCAGACUCCUUACGUCUGCCGACUACUGGCUAUUCGCAUCCGUUUUGGAACGUUGGGCCAUCAUUCUUGCCCGAGGGUAAUCUCUAUGGCACAUUCAAAGCAUACUACGAUCAUCGCGGUGCUAAUGGUACGCACGCCGUCUACCAUCUCAAUAGUAAUGGAGAGCGAGUCAUUCUCGAUGGCGAUGACCAAGGCCAGUACCUGGAGUACAACACUAAUGGCGGCGUCUUCGACUUCUACUUCGUCACCGGUGCAACACCACGCGAAGCAUCUGCACAAUAUGGUCUGCUCGACAUAUUCGAGGCCGCCGAGAUUAUCGCGAACUACAGCGUGGCAGAGAUACCACUGGAGACGAUGUGGACAGACAUUGAGCACAUGUAUCGCAAGCAGACAUUCUCUUCGGAUCCUGAUCGAUGGGCGAUAGAGAGGGUCAGAGAGUACGUCGACUACCUACAUUUGCAUCAGCAGAAGGCGGUGUUUAUCAUUGAGCCUGCAAUACCGACGCAGCCGAGAGACUCAAUCCCUGGGCGUCCGGGUACAUAUACCGCGUACGAGGAUCUGGUGCAGAGCAAUGUCUUCUUCAAAUUCCCAAAUGGUACAGCUGUGCCCGGUGUUGUCUGGGGCGGUGGGUCAAUAUACCCAGACUGGUUCAACCCAGCGACGCAAGACUACUGGAAUGAAGAAUUCGCAAAGUUCCUCAGUGCCGAGUCUGGCAUCGAUAUCGAUGGACUGUGGAUCGACAUGAACGAAGCCGCCAACUUCUGCAACCCGACCUGCCGCAACGCCACGCUUGACGGCAUCCACCAGGAGCGUCCGGAGCGUGUGCCCGCUGUGCGCAUCCCUAGCCCGUAUGAGAUCCCUGGCUGGCCGGAGAACUGGCAGCCGACUUGUGUUUGCUAUACGCGAUUUAACGUGGCGGUUGAGGUCAAUGGCGAUGUAUAA